UCUUACAGUUAGCGUGUUGGUUGUGUUUGUUAGUAACGAAUAGUAAAAACGUCUCUAAUGGUGUUGCUGCGAGAUUCGAGUUAUCUUACUUGUAAAUCGUGUUCCGAGUUAGUGAAAAAUGGCGAGCGAGUAUAACGUUGGGUUUGUACAACAGAUUCUCAGUUUGAACUUAGUUCCGAGGAGAAAUGCUACGUGCGGGAAUAAUGAUACGUCUCUGUGUCAUUUCUCAGAGAUGUGGUAUGGAGUGUUCCUGUGGGCUGUCGUGUCCUCGCUGAUUUUCCAUUUGCCUGCUGCUUUACUAGCCCUUGCCACUCUUCGCAGACAUAAGAUGGCAUGCUUCUUUCCCAUUGCCAUCCUGCUCAUGGCAAUUAUAGGUCCCCUUUUUGGAGGUGCCCUCACUAGUGCAGCAGUGGCAGGUGUCUAUAAGGCAGCAGGGAAGAGGAUGAUUUCGUUGGAGGCAUUUGUUUUUGGAGUUGGACAGUCUUUCUUUGUUCUCGUGAUCUCCUUCCUCAGAGUGCUGGCUACCCUGUAGCACACAGCCAAUGAGAAAAAAGAAUGAGGGGAAAGUGAGCUGUGGGGGACUUGCAUCAGUUUUCUUGGAGGGUAUAUGCAAAAACAUUGAGGCCUUAUUUAACGUAUUCCCACAACCCUUUUAUUUUGGUAUGUACAUAAUUUUAUUUUUUAUUUUUUUAAAAAGAGUGUGAGGAUGCUCUUUCUUCAUGAUCUGUGGUGGACAAGAACCUAAAAGCAAUGGUCCUACAAAACAACCAACAAGAACAACCUAUUAUAACAACUAUUACAAUAACUACUUUUUUUAAUUUGUUUUGAUGUGUUUCACAGGAGUGUCUUAUUUAAAACCUCAAGUCUAAUAAUUUUGACUUCUCAACAUAGUGACUCUGGUCUUUCUAAUUGCACAUGUAUUAGUCUUACUGUAAUAGCCAUUUACCAAGAUACAACUUGUCUAAGCCUGCACUUGUUUGUCUGUACACACUUCUUAUUUUAUAUUGAAAAAUAGUAUUUGGGUUGACAUUGGCCUUGGAUGUUGGAUUUGUAUUGGCAUAGAUUCUGUAGAUUUUACUCUGAACUGCUGUACUUCUUGCAAUUCAUGUUAAUUAUGUGAACACAGCACAUGUCUUAUAUGUGAAUACAGGAUCAUCUCAUCAUUUAUAUUUUUUAUAACUUGGUAACAGAAGCUUGCAAAGAGUUGAAAAAACAUUGCCUUGCUAUAUUGCUA